UAUGGAAUCCAAUCUCAAACAAGACACGUACAGUUUGCACUUACCAUACAAACGAAAACUGGGGUGACGUGUGAACUACCACCCCCACCCGUUCCCCCCGGCUUGCUUUCUUUAUUCCCACACAAUAUGAUACUGAAACUAAACCAGCAGCUACCUUCAUGCCAUAUGCAAUCUUCAACACUAAUAGAAGAAACCAGCUUGAAGGAAAAGCCAGCAGAGGAGGAAGAAAAAGAAGAAGACCCAUUUCUUCAUUUCAUGAAAGAAGAACACAACGCCACUGCCACCACCAUGAUCACCCACCAUCUUCCGUCUCCUCCAUCCAAGACCGACAGCAGUGCUCAUAAUCCAACCCCAUCAUCGAACAUUGAGAAUAACCGAACCGAACCGAAGAGCCCCUCGUCAAAAACCAUCAAUGGCGUCGAUGAAACUGCAUUACAGAGCCCAUCUCCAACUCGAAUGGGUGUUAAGAUAGAACCCAUUUCCUGCAAGGCCUCCCCGGCGAGGCGGGAGAGGCUGAAGAAGCUUCGGACGGAGGCUGCCGGGCGGGUUUGGAUACCGGAUAUUUGGGGUCAGGAGGAGCUUCUUAAGGAUUGGACCGAUUGCUCCGCGUUUGAUGCCUCUCUAGUCCCUGCAGGACUAAUGUCGGCUCGUGCUGCUUUGGUCGAAGAGGGAAGGAGAGCAAGUUCCAGCCGUUUACAAAUUAAGACUAGAGUGUAGAUGCUGUAUGUUUUGUUUUUAAGAUAAUGAUGGCGACUUGCUCUUUUCCAUUUGGUUUUGAUCACAACUCGGUCCACGCAGUGGCCAUCUCCAUGUUCGUUGUUGAUACAACGGAACAUCAUUUUAUAUGUAGUAUAUGACUUUUCAGGAUUAAUUACUUAGAACGGUAAGUAAUAAAUUGCAGCAGAAUUGAAAAUA